AAAACUCGACCACCUCUCUCCGUCGCUGGACGUGUGUCGAAUUCGCUCGCGAAAUUAACUUCGAUUUUCUGGUUUUGGGUUUUUUUUAUUGCUAAGUUUUUCAAAGUGGUGGAUUAAAAGCAACGUUCGAGGGGAUGUGUUACACGGUUUAAGUGGUGAUGUUUCACCCACCCGGUACUGUCCCAUCUCCUCCCUUGCGAAAGUGUAAAAAGUUGUGACUAAUUGCUGCUGGAAGUGGCGAAGCAGAUUCUUUUGUGUGUCCCCAUUGCGUGGCAGUGAUUUUCUUUCUUUCCUUGGCCCUAAUUUUGUUUGUGGUGUGUUAUCAGUGAAAGAGGCCACCCCAGGAAUCGAUGACCCGGCGGAAUAAUGGUGUCUAUUAUUAAAAAUCAAUUGCUGAAGCAUCUUUCACGCUACACCAAGAAUUUAUCGCCGGACAAGGUGAACCUGAGUGCGUUCCGCGGCGAGGGCGAACUCUCGAACCUGCAGCUGGACGAGAAUGUGCUCACCGAUCUGCUCGAGCUGCCCUCGUGGCUGCGGCUCACGUCGGCCUGGUGCAAUCACGUGUCGUUCCGAAUAUCCUGGACCAAGCUGAAAAGCACCCCCAUUACGCUGACACUCGACGAGGUCAACAUAACGAUCGAAACAUGCGAAAUCGCCCGGAGUGGGACACCGACGGCGGCCGGGGCCGGCCUCUCGAGUUUGGCGGCACCCCAGGGCAAGUACAGCUUCAUCCACAAGGUGAUCGACGGCAUCACGAUCGUGGUGAACACGGUCAACGUGAACCUCAAAAGUCCGGCCUUUACGGCAUCGGUGCAAAUGUCCCGCAUCCGGGUCGAAUCACGCACACCAAAGUGGCUGCUCGGAGAUUUGCGGGUGACGAGGCUUAAGGAUCCUGCUCGGGGGUUGAUACUGAUUUUCAAAGAGUUGUCCUGGCAGACGGUGCGGAUCGAGGCUAGCUCAACGCAGGAUCAGAGUUUGACGCCGUUGCGAUUGCUGACGAAUCAGGCGCGGUGUAGGAUAACGAUAAAGAAGAAGUUGUCGGAUUGUAGCAUAGUGGCGAGUAGGUUGGUGUUGAUCUUGGAUGAUUUGCUGUGGGUGCUGACGGAUUCGCAGCUGAAGGCGGCUCUUCACUUUGUGGACUCGCUGUCCGGGUUGAUAAAGGCUUCUAACAGUGUGGUUCAGCGGGUGAAGGCACAGCGAAAGCUAGAAACUCUGCCCGAGUACCAGGCUCAGCUGGCGCAGUCGUCCAAGGUGCCGGAUGUGCAACAGUUGACGGCUGCUCAAAAGUACUUUAAUAUCUACGACGUGCGCGAAACGUCGUACCACUUCUUCAGCCAGCGGAUCGAUCUGCAUCUGUGCGAUGACGCCGGAGUGGGCCGAUCAAGCCAUCCACAUCUGAAGGACGGUGGAGCGCUGCAGAUUUCCGUGCAGGGCUUCCAGGUCGACUACUAUCCGUACCACCUGGCGAAGGCCGAUCGCUCACAUUGGCCAAAAUACAAAGAAGCAACCGUUCCGCCGGCCUUGUGGCUCGAGCAAUCCUUGAAUGCCUUCCGGGAAUCGAUACUCAAUCUAACCCAGCCAAACCGGCCCCCAAGCCAUCCCAGUUUAGAAAGGACAACGAACCUCGGUCAGCAGCAGACCACAACCCUGAAGACGCCCAGCGCCAGUGCCAGCGCGAGUGGGUCGCAAAGCACCUCCACCAACACCGCCGUGAACACGCCAAACACGCCCGGUUCCCUCUCGGCGGCGGCCUCCCCCAUCAAGAAGCACGUCAUGGACAAUCUCUCCAAGCUGAUGUGCAGCUGCGUGAUUAUGAAGGUGGAGGAGUUUACGCUGUACCGGGUGACCACCUCGGGAAACAAGCAAAUGCCAAAGGAGUUCAUUGCUGCACAAGGCAAACGGAAAAAAGGUGAUCGAGACCGGUACUCGCUGCCACCGGACAUGCCAACGCUGCACGCCGAGUUCACCUACUUCUACUACCCGGGGGAUUUCGUGUUUCCACUGCCACCCUCGAAGGCGUUUGUCCACGUGAACCCGGUGCAGAUCAACUUCGACCUGGACAGCUGUCUGUGGUUCAGUUCGUUUGCGUUGAACCUGCACGAGAGUUUGCUGCGGACGAAUAACGUCGCGAGUAGUUUGAGCAGUCCCAGCACGCCGUCUACGGCGGGGGGCAGUGGCGGGGUUGAGCAGCCGCCAAAUCUGAUGUACAUGGACGUGAAGGUCGAGGUGAUAAUGCCGAGGGUGGUGUUUGAGGCCUCGAGCGGGGCGCCGAUGCAGCGGGAUCGACCCAAGGCGAUGCACGUGCAGGUUUCGCGCGUGGCCAUGACCAAUAUCAGGGAGAUGGGCGCGUCGCGGGCAGAUUUGGCACAGGCCAUUUCUUCGUUGCAGGAGGGUAGCUUGGUGUUUGGAUCGGGUUUUCCGUCGAAGCCGGGUGAUUUGUGUAUUGUAACGGAUAGGAUUUUGUCGCACAUUGCGGCCACGGACGUAACCGGGGUGACACCGAUCUCUCCGCAGCUGCACUCGGCGUUCGCCAAUUUGACUCGGUAUGCCAUGUGGAGUGAACCACGGGAUGUGUGGUGUUUGAAGCUGGAUCCGGUUUGGUGUGAUUUUUACGGAGCGCGUUCGGUGGGUCAAAGCCGGCCGAUUACGUUUGUGGAUGCGGUCCCGGUGACGGUGUGGGUGCACGGACGUUCCGAAGAAGACAUGUUGCCAGGUGAAUUUAACGAAGGUCGGCUGGCCCACGGAAGCAGUAGCGAAAUAAGUAGCAAACGGCAUAGCAAUAUUUCUAAUUCAAUCAAAUCCAACGACAGCCUCGUGCUGUCGAUUAGCAAUCUAAGGCGAUCCCUAGAAGUAGACCCAUCGAGUAGCAAUUAUCCUCAGGAGAGCAGCGACAACAGCUCGUCCAAGCGUAGUUCCGCCGCCGGAAGCCAUCCACCGUUGAUUGGCGAGAACGUCAAGAAGAAAGUGGCAGCGGCCAGUUCACGCCCCAACAGUUUUCCCCAAGUUCCGGUAGAUAGCAAUGCAGAUGGUGAUGGUUCCAACGCCGCCACCGCCGCCGAUACUAACACGGCGGAUCUGCACAUCAUAGCACAUGUUUCCAAUUUAGUUAGCGUUCAAAUUGACCACUACCAAUAUCUGUUCCUGCUGCGGCUGGCCGAGGAAUUGACCGAGCUGGCCACGUUCCUGUCGCUGGACUCGAAACGGAUCCUGCAAGCGGCCAACGUCGAAAAAUCGAUCAUCGUCGGCUGUGUUAUCCCGCAGGUGGAAGUUUCCCUCGUGAUGCCUUCGCAAACGCCGGGCAAGGAGUCGAGCGGCGGCGACGGCGAAAGUGUGCUGCCCGAUUCCGCUAGCUUAGGUGACGAUCUGCUUACUAAUGGUUCCGGAUGGCCUAACUCGAUGGACCAAACGAGGAAUUCGAACGUGUUUAGCAGCACGGAGUGCCCGUCGCCGAUCGCGACCGAAGGAAUUGUGGAGGCGCAAGGCCCAAUGUCGGUUCCGAAUACCCAUGGAUUUAACGUGCACAUCCAGAGCGUUCCCACCACGUCGUCCACGUCCGGCGUUGCGUCCGUCGAAACACCCUCGUCCUCAUCCGUAGCCGGUUCCAAGUCCCAGUCCAAGGGUCGCAACCCCGGCCCCUCCGGUGGUCCCGACUCCAGCUCCUUCUCGAAGGAAAUCAACUCCGGCCUCAGCUCGAUCAAGAAGGGCUUCGGCAACUUUAUGACCUCGAUCGAUUCGGCGCUCAAGACGAACAUCUCCGAGGACGUGAGCGACACGCUGUCGGUGCAGUCCGACCUGUCCUCGGACUCGGAGAACUACCUGAUGAUGCUGGGCGACUCGGAAAAGCCGACCGACUGUAUGGACGUGAUGUUCAAGCUGAACCCGUUCGCCAACGACAGCAGCAUGAAGGUGGCGCCGAUCGAGGUGGCGAGCGAGGUGUGCGAGGAUCCCUACCUGACGAACAUGUCGUCGCCGUCCGAACCGUCCGAGGCCAGCAGCCUGCGCCGGCGGGAUCUGGUUUCGAUGGUUACUUUUAGGCUUACAACGGUGGAAGUGAUACGGCAAAACGUCGGCAACGAUUCGUCGCUACGGUUGCAGGUGUCCGCGAUCAGCUGCGAUGAGUGUGGGGCAAUCCCGUGGGACGAGUUCCAGAACGGCCAGCAUAAAUCGAAGACCAAGUUUGGAGCUAGAUGUAGAGCAUGGAAUAUUGCACCGCAUAAUCCGGAAGCACCGCCUUGUGUUGCGAUUAGAUUAGAGGAGCAGCUCACGUUGCCGGCUGACUCGUUCAGCAUCACCGACAAAAAGUCCAUCCAGAGUUGGUUCAAGCGGCGCCUGAACGUCGAGGUCAAGAACAUCAACCUGCAGAUGUCGAUGAGCACGGUGGUAGGCCUGGGUGAUCUGGCUGAGGACGAGGUCAUUCCGACCCCGAUCCCGAUGGAGGUGCUGCUGGAGAACGUCAAGGUGAACCUGAUCGAGGAUCGGCCGCCGGUGAACAUCACCUCGCCCGGCACGCUGCCGAUGAAUUUGGCCAUCGGGCGGAUGUUUGUGACGCGGGAUGACGCUGGGGUGUUCUACCUGCAGCCGCUGGACAAAACAAGGGAGGCUAGCGGCAAGACUCCGGACAACGUCGCGGACACGAGCAAAGACCGCAAUCGGGAGGUGCUGUCGCUGCAGCUCGUCAUGCAGCAGCUCAAGCUGGACAACAAUCAGCUGCGGAAGCAACUGACCAGCAGCGAGAAGCUGUCCGAGAUGACGGUACAAAAGGUCCGCCAGGAGAACGAGGUGCUGCGCACGAAGCUGAACCUGGCCCAGGACGACGUGAGCACGCUCAAGGACGAAAAGCGCACCCUGAUGGACACGAUCCGCUCGCUGCAGAAUCAGCUGACGGCGCUGAGCGACGCGCAGCUCAACGGGACCGACGGCAAAAGAUAGCACAACUGUAUGGACUGCAUACAGUGCUGCGGCGAGAAUCCGUUCUAGUGCUGCCGGCCGCGGUGGAUGAUUGGCGUUUUUUGACGACCUUUUCUCUUUCGUUCGUCGCGCAUAUCAUGUGAGUGUGUAUGUGUGCGUGUAUGUGUGCUGCUUUUAGCUGGAGCUUUUCUUCCAACAUCGACCCUAGGUGAACGCAAUUGGCAUUGUGAUCAUGAUUUUUUUUUUAUUUUUAGUUUUUAUCUCCCCUCAAAAUUGUUUGGAAGUGAAGCAAAGGUUCAGGGCAGCGACCGCGAGAGCAUAUUGUGAGCAAAUUCACCCACUGUGUUGUUAGCCUGUAUGAGUAAGCAGUCUGAGGAAAGCGUCGCGAUGCGCGAUGCGAAUCAUUUCUUUUAUUUCAACUGAUUAUUGUAAAAAAAUAUGUGCUCUAAGAAACUUGGAUACAAUCCAACUGAACUGUAAAGGGUUAUGAGGACAAUGACCGGAACGCGAAUAAAAAGAGUUCUUUGCACAUGGAAAAUGUUUUCGGAAUUCAACAAAUCACGGGUUAGUUUUAAAAAGGUUCUAUGCGCCAUUUGUAACCUCAGCAGUUUUUCGAUCUUUUCUCGUGCAAUUCAAAAAUUCAAAAAUACUAUAAAUUGUUCAUCUGAACGUCCUUUAAAUGUUCUUUUCUGAUUUUUGGAAUUGUUUUAGAGAAAAAAUAAAACAAGUGUCGGAGGUCGUGAUGGCUGUUGCGACGUAUUGCAAACUAACUAGAGAAAUGUUGUAUAGCCAUAGAUGAAUCUAUUUAUUCAAUUGAUUUUUUUGAGUUUCGAUUGUUCAUGGUCCAGAUUUUGUUUUGUUUUGCACUCAAGAUUAGAAAAAAUCUAAAAUACUAAAGUUUAUGCAUUUUGCCUAGGGUGGCCACCCAAGUCGUGAAAUCGGGAAUCGGGAAUUCGCCAAAUCAGUAAAAAAUCGGGAAAAAGCCAUUAAUUUGUAAUUUUUGUCAAAAAUCCGGUAAUUCCGAGCUUACCUGAUUGGAAAAUAUUUUCUUUCUCUUGAAUAAUUUUGUAAUUUUUUAACAAUGUUUAAAUCAUUUGCACAUUAAAAGUUACGAGCACUUAACAUAAAAAAUAAAGUUUGGUUCACUGUUUUGAUCUGUUUAACAAUGUAAAGGCUAUUUAAGAAAUAAAAUUCCUGAUGGCAUAGCAUUUUUUUAUUUCACUUUUUGACAGAGUUUAUUAGAACGAAAUUAUUACAGUAAACUUUAAACAACAAUAAUGCUGGGAUUGCCUCAAAAGGCUGAAACUCAAAAGGCAGAAUCUCGGAAGGCCGAAAUUCAAAAGGCCGAAUUUUGUCUUUUGCUCAGAAGGUAAAACGUCUCAAAAGGCCGAAUGUCUUGAAAGGCAGAAUGAUUAUGGAAUUCUGAAUUUUGUUCAUAUUUUCACGAUUUUCAUUGAUUAUGAUGUUCAGCGAUACAGUAAACUAACAAACUGUGAUCUUUUGUUUGUAAUUUGUAGCGAAGUAAGUACAUAAUGAGUACAUUUUGUUUAUCUUUACCGAUUAUAUUGUUACCAUACAUGCAAAUGAGUAGAGUAGAAUGAAUUGAAAGCAUUACAAAAGAGUUUCAAUCUUGUUGUUUAUUGAAUUAUGGUGACGAUAACCGAAAUUUGAUCAUUCGUCACCAAGUACUUAAAUGAAUUCAAAUAAUUACAAUUAUUUUUUUUGCGACAAAUAAAUAGAAACUUUAAACAAAUAUUUAGCAGCAAUGCUAGAAAGUUAUGCCUUCUUCAUUUCGAAACCAUAUUUUGUUACAUAACUAUGAUUUAUUAAAGACAAUCACACCGUCUUUGCAGACUGAAUACUAAUAUUAAACGGGACAAACAUUGAACGAAAAUCUCCAGAAGGAUAAGGCGGGAAGCGAACCCGCUCCCCUAGCAACUUAGGGAUCGGCAGCCGGAGCUGCUAACCACCGUGUUACGAGGCCCUCCAAAUGAAAAUAAUAAAAAACGAAAAAAAAAAAUGAAAAUAAUAACCGUUUCUAAAAAUAAUAAUAACAAACCGCGCCCGAAAAGGCGGAAACGCAUUCCAAACGAAGUAAAUUACUGAAAAUUUGAUACAUAAUCUUUGAUUUCUAAAUUUAAUGCCAAAUCUUCAAAAUUUAAAAAGAAGCUUAAUAAUAACACAUAUUACACGAAUUCCGAGAUAUUUCAAGAGAGAUAUUUUAAGAAUAAUAAAAUGUAAUCCAUUAAAUUAAAAUUUUCGUCAUGAAUGAAAAUUAUGAGUUCUUUCUUUUCUGUUUUUCUUAUAUUUUCAUGUUAAUUUUGUAGUUAUAGUAUACUUGGUGUUUCGACUUUUAUAGACAGUUUUUGAUUUGUUAUCACUUUUUGAGUAAGAAAUGCAUAUUAUUUGAGGUUCUAGAAAAGUCGGGAAUUCGAAAUAGUAGUUUAUGCAACUAGUUGCAAAAUAGUAGUUUAUGCAACAAGUUGCAAAAAGAGGAUUUUUUCAGCACGAGUUGUACAUUUAUCCAACGAGGUUCACCGAGUUGGAUAAAUACGACGAGUGCUGAAAAAAUCAAGUUUUGCAACGAGUUCCAUACAACAUUUUUUGCAAUUUCGAAAAACACCCAUUGAGUGAAAUUUUAUGUCGAAUUUUCAUGUAUUUUGUCAAUAAAUCGUCUAAAUCAAAAAAAUGUUGAAAAGUGUUACUUUUCGAAACAAAAACAAAAAAUGUUGAAAAGUGUUACUUUUCGAAACAAGUGCUGAAAAGUUCAGUGCUGAAAAGUUAUUUUGAAAAGUGUUGCUAUUCGAUUCUGUUAUUUUAAUUCCGAAAAACAAACAUUGAAUCGAAUUUUAAGUCAAUUAUCUAUGUGUUUAGUCAAUUCACCGAUAAAAUCAAAACAAUAUUGAAAAGUAUAACUUUUCGACACAUGUGCUUUUUAUAGCUGAUUUUUUCAAAGCAUGUUAUGAUGUCAUUUCAAGUUAAAAUGAAUUUGAUUUUUCUUUUUUUUUUUAUCUCAAUCAAGCCUUCGGACACCUAGUUUCGAGUAGGAAUCUCGCAAUCGGGAACGCCAAGGCAAUGCUGUAGAGCGAAUAAUUUAUUUUAUUUUUUUAUCUCAUAAAGACGAUGUAAUGUGUUAUGUUGCAGACAUGACCAGUAUAUGACAAUGAAGAAAAAUCUAAAAAAUCAGAGUUGGGUCCACCUCAGUCGAAAUGUCAAUUUAAGUAACCCCUUACCUUCCAAUCGCUACGUGGUUUAUGGAUGAGCUCUAGGAAAGCUGAGAAAAAAUUUUGGGUAGCUUUUUUAUUUUAUAAAUAUUUUGCAUUGAUGCUCCCCUCGUCAUUUGUUGGAGUCUUGUUUGGACAAAACUAAUCGGGCAAAAUGGCUUCUUUUGACAAAGGGAAUGAAUUUAUGUAUAAAAAAGUGAAAUUGCAGAAAAUUUUGAUGUUUAUUUUGACUUGUUUUGUAAAUCAAAAAGGAUAAAAAGUUGAAUUUUCAAAACAUUUUCCACGUGUAAUCGCCGCAGGUCAGUUGGAAAGCACACGUGCCAUUUCAGUGUAAAUAUGCAAAAUUUCGUUCAAAUGCACCAUUCGUGUUAAAGCAACCGUAAAUCAAUCGGUGUUUUCUUAAAUAUUCGUUAACACAUGGUUCAGUUUACCAGUUGCGCGCGCCACAUUCAUUCAUUGGUGUAAAUGCAUCGCACACACGCUGGGAAAUUCUUUUGCACCUAUCGAUUCACAAAGUCAACCACUUUCGUCCAGUCUUACAUAUACCUUUUCAAGCACUUAACUUUACCACCCCUACGAAACCAUUCAAACCACACUCGAGAAACGAUCACCAUCAGUCAGAGAAAAAAAAAAACAAUCGUACGUAAAAUUUUCCUCUACUUUUCACACUCACCCACAAAUUCCUUCUAUCACGCAAACAAAAAAAAAACUUACAAAUUUUAUUCCACAUUCCUUUCGCAACUUUCCAACCUGUUAGAUGUGGUGGGUCGUCUGACUGUAAUGAGUAACAAGCCGAAAAAAAAGAAGAAGUGAAUUACACAAAACACAACACACACAACCCUUCUAUAACCAACGAGGAAGUUUCUUGGUCAGAUAGCUGUUAGCUAGUAUGGUAAUAGUCAUUUCUUGUGAUAUUAAAUUUAGUUGAUUAGAAGAAAAAAAGGAGUAUAUAAAUGUACUGUAAAACAAUUAGUUAGCAUAUAUAUAUAUGUAACUGUAUAACCACAGACGAAACCAAGCCUAUAUUAGUCAGUGAGAAACAGAAACCAAGUGAAAGAGGUAAACUAAAAGAAAAA